AUGCAUACACCACGCACUGUCGUAGGCAGCAGUUCAUACGAAAAAGAGUGCGGGCCUGGAGAACAAUUAGCAUGCCGGCUGGCAAUUAUGUCGAUUGAAGAUACCGUGCCAACAUACAAGCGGAACAACACUCCCAUCCAAUUAAACUUCACAGCCAGAUGUCAAACUAUGCCCAACUCCGUCGCCUUCGGGAUGGGGGCUUUGUUUUGGGCUCCGACGGCCAACGCCAGAUGCUUGCUCUCUGCUAGGUGUCUGCACGAAGCGAGAUUUCUUCGAAAAUGCCUGAGCCAUAAUGCCUGGGCCAUAGGCGAAACCAAUAGUCGGAAUUCUCGCAGGGACAGCACUGUGACAUUUCCGCUACUGCAUCUACUCUACUUGGCUAUCGCGAUGUACAGCUCACACAGAAGUGGAAGGUUAAAUAUGCUCAAUGCUGUAGCGCGAAAUUCAUGGCUAACAGCAGUGAUCAGGGAUGGACAUCUUACGAAUCUAUCGUAUCGAAUGCCCGGCGCUGCUACUCGAUUCGAUGACCUGGCAUUCGACUCGAGUGUGGUCAUAUGUGAUUCGCUUCGAAUCUGGCGCGUGUCCCGUAGAUUCGACGUCGAAUCACGCACCAGCCAUUCGGGUCGAUGCCAAGGCUUCAUGAAAUUCGACCCGAAUUCGAAGCGAAUUCGAUCGAACAGCCAUUAA